CGGAAGUGAGAGACUGAAAGCGACGGAUUUGCUGCACGGUACCGUUAGAUAAAACUUAUGAGACAUUAAAGCAAGAGAAUGAGCCGGGAAUGUAGCACAAGGUUACGAAGUGCAACAAGAGAAAAACUCAGGAAGUUUAACUCUCUGCGCGCUGGAGAGGUGCAGCCCGGUAAGUUUUGGGACGUGGUGGUUCUGACGGCUGUGGAUGAGAAGCAGAGAGAAGCUUAUGAGCUGCAGAUCAGAGAGAAGGUGCACAGAAAAGAGCUUCCGGUCGGAGUGCAAUACAAAGUGCUCUCGGAUCCGCCUGGAUCUAAAAUAGGUAAUGGAGGCUCCACUCUGUAUGCCCUGCAGCAGCUGAAAGACAUCUAUGGGAAGAAUCUGUGCAGACUGAGGGUCAUCCUCAUCCAUGCAGGAGGUUUCAGCCAGCGUCUGCCGAGUGCCAGCGCUCUAGGGAAGAUCUUCAUGGCCGUGCCUCUGGGGGAUCCUCUCUACCAGAUGCUGGAGCUCAAACUGGCAUUAUAUGUAGAUUUCCCGUCCCAAAUGAAGCCUGGCGUGCUGGUGACCUGCGCGGACGACAUCGAGCUCUAUAGCACCGCAGAGCCCGAGAGUGUUAAGUUUGACAAACCUGGCUUCACAGCGUUAGCCCACCCCUCCCCGCUGUCUAUCGGGACCACCCAUGGAGUGUUUGUGUUUGACUCAAAAGAAAAAUCGUCUCAAUCUGAAAUGGAAAACACCUCCUGCCUUCGUUUUCUGCACAAACCGAGUGUCGAUAAGAUGCGAGACAGUGGAGCUGUUUGUGAAAGACUGAGUGGUUGUUUCGUGCUUUCUGACUCUGAGUUUGUCUACACAGACAGCACUUAUUACGUUGACUUUGACACUGCAAUGUCUCUUCUCAAUCUGCUGAAGGAGUUAGGGCCUUUGGACUGUGAGGUGGAUGCAUACGGAGACUUCCUCCAAGCAUUAGGCCCUAACGCCAUGAUAGAUUACACCAGCAACACUGUGAAUGUCACAAAACAGGAGAGCAGUCUGGUGGAAAUCCGCCAAAAGAUAUUCCAUCAUCUAAAAGGGACUCCGUUGAAUGUGAUCCUCCUGAACAACUCCAAGUUUUAUCACAUUGGAACCACAUCCGAGUACCUGUUUCACCUCACGGAGGAUGUGAUGCUGCAGAGUGAGCUGGGUCUCCUGUCCUCUGCAUUCAGCGUGCAUAUGAAGGCAAACUCUGGGUGCUGCGUUAUGUGCAGCGUCCUCGAUCCCAGCGUCUCUGUGGGAGCUGGGUCAGUGGUGGAGUACUCCAGACUAGGAGCAGGAGCUUCUGUAGGAGUGGCUUCCAUUGUAAGCAGCUGCUGGAUCCCUGCAGGCCUUUCGGUACCUGAUGGGGUCUUCAUGCAUUCCCUUUGUGUGAAUCACAAGCAGAAAACAGGAUUUGUAACCGUCGUCUUUGGGAUUAACGAUGACUUGAAGCGCUGCGUGGAUUCCCCGGGGUUAAUGGAAGAUCUAAAGCUGUUUGGUGUCAGCGUUGCAAAGUGUGUGUCCCGCUGGGGGCUCGAAAACGAAGCCCUGAGGUUCUCCGGUGAUGCUUCCAGCUGUAGUUUGUGGAGCGCCUGUUUGUUUCCUCUUUGCUCGGAUCAACAGAGCUCCUUCUCACUGACUCUGGAGAUGCUGCAGGCUGCACUGAGUGGCUCUACUUUCACUUUACCCAAAGACACCAAGCUGAUGUCCAUGCAGGAGGCCUUACAGUGUAAACACCUGGAGCAGAUGAUGGAGUUCAGAACGGGACUUUAUGAAGACAUCACACAGAGAAAACCCAACAACUGAAGAUUUUAUUCAGACUAUGAGUUUGUUUAGGUAGCAGAGAACAUUGAUUGUGCUGUAAAUCAUUUUAUAAUGAUUGUUUCAACAGUGUGAAGAGCUGUCAUAUUGGAUUUAAUCAUCUGAUUCACUUUUUAUGAAGUUAAUAGUUACUUUUUAAUUGAAAUAUAGCUUUCUGGUGAAGCGUUUGACAACAUUGUGCUAGAUUGACAUGCCCUAAGACUCAUAUCAGUGUGAGACUUUCAAGGUUUGCUUUCAAAUAUAUUUCCCAAUAUACCUUUUUUUUUUUAAAUCAAGUGUGUCCAAUAACAUCAUUUAUUUCCAUAUUGUAUGGUGGCAUUAUCAUUGUUAUAACUGUAGUGUGUGACACGUCAACACAUCUGCUAUAUAAAAUGACGAUAUGAUAGAAAAUAUGCUUGAAUAUCCAAAUACUAUACAGUGGGGCCAAAAAGUAUUUAGUCAGCCACCAAUUGUGCAAGUUCUCCCAUUUAAAAAGAUGAGAGAUGCCUGUAAUUUUUAUCAUAGGUACACUUCAACUAUGAGAGACAGAAUGGGAGAAACAAUCCAGGAAAUCACAUUGUAGGAUUUUUAAUGAAUUAAUUGGUAAAUUCCUCGGUAAAAUAAGUAUUUGGUCACCUACAAACAAGCAAGAUUUCUGGCUCUCACAGACCUGUAACUUCUUCUUUAAGAGGCUCCUCGGUCCUCCACUCGUUACCUGUGUUAAUGGCACCUUUUUGAACUCGUUAUCAGUAUAAAAGACACCUGUCCACAACCUCAAACAGUCAUACUCCAAACUCCACUAUGGCCAAGACCAAAGAGCUGUCAAAGGAGACCAGAGACAAAAUUGUAGACCUGCACCAGGCUGGGAAAACUGAAUCUGCAAUAGGUAAGCAGCUUGGUGUGAAGAAAUCAACUGUGGGAGCAAUUAUUAGAAAAUGGAAGACAUACAAGACCACUGCUAAUCUCCCUCGAUCUGGGGCUCCACGCAAGAUCUCACCCCGUGGGGUCAAAAUGAUCACAAGAACGGUGAGCAAAAAUCCCAGAACCACACGGGGGGACCUAGUGAAUGACCUGCAGAGAGCUGGGACCAAAGUAACAGAGGCUACCAUCAGUAACACACUACGCCGCCAGGGACUUAAAUCCUGCAGUUCCAGACGUGUCCCCCUGCUUAAGCCAGUACAUGUCCAGGCCCGUCUGAAGUUUGCUAGAGGGCAUUUGGAUGAUCCAGAAGAGGAUUGGGAGAAUGUCAUAUGGUCAGAUGAAACCAAAAUAGAACUUUUGGGUAAAAACUCAACUCGUCGUGUUUGGAGGAGAAAGAAUGCAGAGUUGCAUCCAAAGAACACCAUACCUACU